CAUCCAAUUGCGAAAUCUGCCUGCUCUUGUUCUACGCAUAGAAUACCCGAUGAUAUGGCUCCCCUGAGGCUUCAAUCGACUUACAAAAUGAACUCGGGAUAUGAGAUCCCAGUUCUAGGAUUUGGAGUCUAUCAAACGCCUCCCGAAAAAACCGAGAAGGCCGUGUUGAAGGCUCUCCAAGUUGGAUAUAAACAUAUCGAUUCUGCGAAGUCAUAUCGCAAUGAGGCCCAGUGCGGAGCGGCAGUUCGUGCCUCUGGCCUCAAGCGCUCAGACGUUUUCUUCACGACGAAGGUACCAUGGCAGGCUAUGGGCUAUCAGAAGACUAAGGACUCAAUAGAGUCCAGUCUCAAGGCAGCCAAUUUUGAUUAUAUCGAUCUUAUCCUCCUUCACGCCCCAUAUGGCGGAUCGGAAGCGCGCGAAGGAUCGUGGCGUGCUCUUGUGGAAGCCCAAGUAGAGGGCAAAGUACGCUCCAUUGGGAUUUCUAACUAUGGCGUCCACCAUCUCGAUGAACUGGAGGAAUAUAACAAAGACCUUGGCGGGAAAAUCGACGUUGGUCAAUAUGAACUGCACCCUUGGCUCGCCCGUCCUGAUAUCGUUGAAUGGUUACAAAAGCGCAAUGUCGUUAUUGAAGCUUAUAGUCCCCUCGUGCAAGCAACAAAGAUGGGUGAUCCUCUGAUUAAGAAAUUGGCCCAGAAGCACAGUAAGUCUCCAGCGCAAAUCCUCCUUCGAUGGAGCUUGCAGAAGGGCUUUGUUCCUCUUCCCAAAUCCGUGCAUGAUAAUCGAAUUGAAGAGAAUUCUGAAAUUUUUGACUUCGAACUCUCCCCUGAAGACAUGGAGACUCUGAACACUGGCGAAUAUCGCCAUGUUUGCUGGGAUCCCACCGUGAGCAGGGACUAAAUCCAAAGAUCAUCCGACUUUAUGGACAAUAUGGGUUGGGUAGUAUCAGUUUAGAUCUCAUAUAUACAUUACAAAUUAAGUAAUUUUUGUGGUGCAAGUUUGUGUUUUAUUUGGAAUUCUGGCCACCAAAUGGAUCCAGGACUGGAAGAUAUGGGGUGAGCAUUGUGGUGGAAGACAAGUGCCAGAUAGAUACCCAGGCAACUGUUUAUACAGAGCUGCACAGCUUCGCUUCUUUGUGACUCUGUUUUUUUGUCUCCUGCUUCAUUCACCAUUCACCACAAACACAAGGGAGAAGUCCCAUAUUCACACACAAACAAGCACCAUCCCCUUUCAAUGUUAUAUUCCUCUGCUUUAAAUAGUAUCAAGACUUCGAGCCUGUUUAAUAGGCUAGAACCUUCCCUUCCUACUCUCGCCACUCUUUGUUGAAUAUUUGCUCGUUGGCGAUAGCCCCUAUUUGCAAUUUGAUCUUUGGAUUGCUCCGUUCGAGACUU